ACCACGGCAGCACCCCUCUCCUCACUUGCUCACCCCCACAGGCCACAGUCCACUCUCCCCGCUGCCACUCCUACCGCGCCCGGAGCUAUGAAGGCCGUCGUCGAUCACCACCACGGCCCCCACUCCCCCACGCCGGCAGCGGCGACCAAGAUCUCGAUCCCCAUCUCGUCUGGCGAAGCGGCUCUGUUCAGGAAGGGCAGGUACAAGGCGUGGGCCCUCGCAGCCAGCGCGCUCCUCGCGCUCUGGUCCAUGUUCGCCGCUUCCGUCACCCUGCGCUGGUCCUCCGGGGAGCUCGCCGCUACGUUCGGGGACGCGAGCGAUCCGCUCAUCGACGAACUUGAUCCCCUCGAGAUGGAGCAAAGGGAAAAGCUAGUGCGCCGGAUGUGGGAUGUCUACACACGCACGGGCGAUCACGUUCGGCUUCCACAGUUCUGGCAGGAAGCAUUUGAGGCUGCAUAUGAGGAGCUUGCGGGUGAUGACACGCAGGCUACUGAUGCGGCUAUAUCUGAGAUUGCUCGCAUGUCAGUCCAUAGGCCUGAGGUUGAGCAGUCGUGGAAUAAGAAUUAGGCAGUAGCAGAACAAGAUGAACCUUUGGAAGAGCUGGAACUCGUAAGCUGAAGGGGAAGAUCGUUUGGUCCCUGUAAAUGAUGCCAUCGGAUCUGAAGAUCACUUGCAAACUCGGAUCAUCACAGCAAUUCGAGUUUUUUUAAACUAGUCGAUGCAAGAAUGCAUUUGCCUGUAGCUACCUACCAUUCCUUAUCCACUGUUCUUGUAUUGUUCACGCAAAUGAAAACCGCUCUGGUUGUACUCUGAGGUCUGAACAUAUUGAGAACGUAAGAACUUUGGGCAUCAACAUCCUUUUGCUUCGCA